AUUCUGCAAGGCCUGCCCCCUGGCUGAGUGGCUCCCCCGGCAUUGCUUGGGCGGGAGCUGCCAUACCUCGACUGUUGCACACCCCUCGCAUUUCCGCCGUGCGGUCCUAUCAAACCCAUCCAUCAAUCCUCAACAAGCAUCAGCUGGCGGGCGUCUCGAUCUCUGCUCGCUAUCUCGGUUCGAGUCAGAACUGCACGCCUGCUUCGGCCACACCCACUUUCCGCCCAUUGCAUCACAUCCCGCACCCACCGCACAACCCGCACGCGAUCCCCAGCCGCCCUGCCUGCCCAGCGCCUGCCCAAAAAAUAACACCAACACGGGAUAUCCCACUCCCAAACACAAAACCAAAAGCAACCAACCACUUUCGGAUUCCCCGCGACAGCCCACCGCUCGCUGCUCCUUCUCCACAGUCGCCCACCAUGGCUGACGCCAACAACAACGUUAACGACGAGCUCUACCCGAUCGCCGUGCUAAUCGACGAAUUGAAGCAUGACGACGUCCUACUUCGGCUGAACGCCAUCCACCGACUCUCCACCAUCGCCCUUGCCCUGGGCGCCGAGCGCACGCGCGAAGAGCUGAUCCCGUUCCUCGAUGAGUCCGUCGAGGAUGAGGACGAGGUCCUCGUCGCCCUGAGCGAGGAGCUCGGAAACUUCAUCGAAUACGUCGGCGGCCCUCAAUGGGGACACGUCCUCCUCUCUCCGCUCGAGAACCUCGCGGCCAUCGAGGAGCCCGUCGUGCGGGACAAGGCUGUCGAGUCCCUGAACAAGAUCUGCCUCGAGCUCUCGCAGCAACAGAUCGAAGAGUACUUCGUUCCCCUCACGAUCCGCCUCUCCAAGGCCGACUGGUUUACGUCCAAGGUAUCGGGCUGCGGCCUGUACACGACACCCUAUUCCAGGGUCUCGCGCCCGGUCCAAGAACAGCUCCGGCAGCAGUUUGGCCAGCUGGUCCACGAUGACACCCCCAUGGUGCGCCGCCAGUCGGCCACGUGCCUCGCGAAGUUUGUGAAGGAGAUGCCCGCCUCGAUUGUUGUCGAAGAGAUGAUACCCAUGUUCCAGCACCUCGUCCAGGACGACCAAGACAGUGUUCGGCUGCUCACCGUCGAGGUCCUGAUCUCCAUCGCUGAGGUUGUCCCGAAGGAGCAGCAGGCUAGCCACGGCGUGCUGCUGUCCUCGCUGCGGAGCUUGAUAGAGGAUAAGAGCUGGAGGGUGCGGUACAUGAUCGCCGACAGAUUCGAGAAGAUCGCCAAGGCAGUAGACGAGGAGGUCGUUGCCAGAGAUCUGGUACCCGCAUUCGUAAAAUUGCUGAAGGACGGCGAGGCCGAGGUGCGGACGGCCAUUGCCGGCCAGAUCCCCGGCUUCUGCGCCCUCGUCGAGCGCAAUACGCUCCUCAGCGACAUCAUGCCGACGGUGGAGAAUUUGGUAUCGGACAGUUCCCAACACGUGCGCGCGGCCCUCGGAACGCAGAUCAGCGGGCUCGCGCCGAUCUUGGGCAAGCAAGAGACGAUCGAUCACUUGUUGCCCAUGUUCCUUCAGAUGCUGAAGGAUGAGUUCCCCGAUGUCCGCCUGCACAUCAUCUCAAAACUGGAGCUGGUAAACCAGGUUAUCGGCAUCGAGCUCCUUGCGCAGUCCCUUCUCCCCGCCAUCGUCCAACUCGCCGAGGACAAGCAAUGGCGCGUGCGGUUGGCUAUCAUCGGCCACAUGCCAUUGCUCGCCAGCCAGCUGGGCGUCAAGUUUUUCGACGAGAAGCUCAGCCAGCUCUGUAUGGGAUGGCUGGGGGAUACCGUCUUCUCCAUCCGCGAGGCGGCGACGCACAACCUCAAGAAGCUGACCGAGGUGUUCGGCGUGGAGUGGGCUAGCGAGGCCAUCAUUCCCAAGGUCAUGGCGAUGGGAGGCCACCCUAACUACCUCUACAGGAUGACAACGUGCUUCGCCAUCUCGACUCUAGCCAGCGUCGUGACCUUGGACGUGAUUGCCAAGUCGAUCCUCCCCAUGCUAGAAAAGCUCACGAGCGACGAGAUCCCCAACAUCCGGUUCAACGUCGCGAAGACGUACUCGGCGCUGAUCGGGGUGCUGCGCCGGCUGCCGGACCAGGGCACCAUCUUCACGCUGGAGCAGGCCAAGGUGCCGUUUUCGCCGUCACCCAGGGGCCAGCAGCUGAUCGAGGAGCGGAUCAUGCCCAGCCUGGAGAAGCUCCAGAAGGACGACGACGUGGACGUGCGGUACUUUGCCAUGAUGGCCACCACCGCCGCGUCGGGCGUGGCCGCGGGCGGCGGAGAGCCGAUGAACACAUCACCAUAGAAGAGAAGAGAGAGUCUUAAUGAAGCAAUUCUGUUCCCUGUUCCUGCGCCUGCUCGU